AUGAGUAGUAGUGGACUACUGCGAUCACAUUUGCUGUUUGGACGGUGUUGGUCGGUGGGUGUGCCGAAUUUCAAGCACGGAUUGUUGAUACCCCUGAGGAGAUAUUCACAAUUUAUAGAGCAGCCCAGGCUUAAUCCUGUCGGUAUCCAGUACUUAUCGAAGUCGUUGCAGAAACAGGUGUUUGGUAAUGCAGAUUCGAAAGUGAGUAAGAUGUUGACCGGUUUGUCUGCGGAAGAGAAACAGGCGCUAUUGAAUAUGUCAAGACAACUGUUGAAGAAUCAUGAUCUUUUGGAUAAGAAGACUACUGUAGUUGAGCCGAUAUCGUUUGAUAUUCCACAAUUGCAAGGUUCGUCUCUGGAUGAACAUUUCCAGAAACUAGGACAGUUUGCUUCGGAACCAUAUAAGACCAUGGCGAUACAAAAAUACAAAACCAUAGUAAAGAGACCUGAAAAAUGGAUUAGACAAUCAGGUUGGACGCGAUAUGCGCCUGGAGAGGCUCCUAAACGUGUACCGUUUCCGUUGGAGGACGUUCUAACGUUUGAUGUCGAGACAUUAUAUAAGAUAUCACACUAUCCGACAUUAGCGACAGCUUUGUCCGAUAAGGCUUGGUAUGCAUGGUGUUCUCCAUUUAUAUGUGAGGAGAGUAAAUUAUAUAAACAUUUGAUACCUUUGGAUACAAUAAAUAAAACACAGUUAGUGAUUGGACAUAAUGUAAGUUAUGAUAGAGCUCGUGUUCUGGAAGAAUAUAACUUUAAACGAUCAAAGGCUUUUUUCUUAGAUACUCAAUCCCUUCAUAUUGUAUCAUCAGGAUUAUCUUCAAGACAGAGGCCUACUUUUAUAAAAAGGAAAAAUAUUAUUAAAAACAUGGGGAAGAAAGGGAAAGAAGACGGGGAGGACGGGGAUGAAGGAUUGGAUAACAUUAAUCUCGAAAAUCUUACUCUCAGUGACUUAGAGGAACAAGAUCCCUGGUUGAAUCUAUCUACUAUGAACUCAUUGGCUGAUGUGGCGUCGUUCCAUUGUGGUAUCAAGAUGGAUAAAUCUCCAAGGGACUAUUUCGAUUCAACUGAUAAAAACGUAAUCAUUGAUAAUUUCGAAUUGUUGGUGGAUUAUUGUGCAACAGAUGUAGAGGUGACAAGUAAAGUGUUUGAUAAAGUGUUUCCACUAUUCUUACAGAGGUGUCCUCAUCCAGUAUCAUUUGGUGCAUUGAGACCUCUGAGUAGUUGUAUUCUACCCACUAAUCAUAAUGAUUGGAAUAAAUAUAUCAAUGGUGCAGAAUCGUUAUAUCAAUCUGCAAAGCUGGAUAUUGAAGCUAAAAUUAUUCAGAUCGUUGAAGAAACUGUACUACUUAGAGAUUACCCAACAAAUGAACAAAGUGCACAAAAAAUCAAUAAUGAUCCAUGGUUGAGGCAAUUAGAUUGGACCAUUACCCCAUUAAGAUUGACUAAAAAAGGUGUUCCUGUGAAAAGACAAAAAUUACCUGGAUAUCCUGAAUGGUAUCGUUCUUUAUUCCUCAAUAAUACUAUGGAAAAACCAAAAAUAACAUUAAGAUCUAGAAACAUUCCAAUUUUCUUUAAAUUAUCAUGGGAAUCAAAACCAGUAGUAUGGACGAAAGAAUCAGGAUGGUGUUUCUCAGUAGACAAAAAUGAAUUGAAAACGUUUGAAGCUAAGAAUUACAUUUUGGCAGAUCAUGAAUCAACUGAUGAUUAUCAAACUGAUUUUAAAUGUCCGGAUGAAAUUUUAUUUAAAAUACCACAUCCAAAUGGGCCUAAUUUUAACUGUACUUCGUUGGUAAGUAAACCGUUUAUUCAUUUUUAUGAAAAAGAAGUAUUGAAAUCAGAAUCAGACUUAGCACAUAAAGCAUUACAAAUUAAUUCUUCUGGGUCAUAUUGGAUGUCAGCAAGGGAAAGAAUAAUGUCACAACAUGUUGUUAAAGAACCAGAUUUCCCAAAAGAAUUUAAAGCUUUAGCAUCCACUUCUGUAAAUAAUGAGGAGAAUACGAAUAAUGUUAAUGAUCUUGGUAUAAUUUUACCAAUCGUUACUCCAAUGGGGACAAUCACUAGAAGGGCUGUUGAAAGUACGUGGUUGACAGCAUCAAAUGCAAAAACAAACAGAAUCGGCUCAGAAUUAAAGACACAGGUGAAAGCACCGCCAGGUUAUUGUUUUGUUGGAGCAGAUGUAGAUAGUGAAGAAUUGUGGAUUGCGUCGUUGGUGGGUGACUCUGUAUUCAAUAUGCAUGGUGGUACGGCGAUCGGUUGGAUGUGUCUAGAAGGUACAAAAAAUGCAGGUACUGAUCUUCAUACAAAGACUGCCAAUAUUCUUGGUUGUUCUCGUAAUGAAGCCAAGAUUUUUAAUUACGGGCGAAUAUAUGGUGCAGGUGUGAAAUUUGCAGGUCAACUAUUAAAACAAUUCAAUCCAUCAUUGUCAGAUGAAGAGGUUAAGAAAGUGGCCAAUACUCUAUAUGAAAAUACUAAGGGUAAAAAACGACGAUCAAAGAUAUUCGAACAAUUUUGGUAUGGUGGAUCUGAAUCAGUAUUGUUUAAUAAAUUAGAAAAUAUUGCCGAGCAAGAUGUACCACGAACGCCCGUCUUGGGCGGUAGUAUAACAACAUCAUUAAUGAAAAAAAAUUUAAAGGCUAAUUCUUACUUACCUUCUAGAAUUAAUUGGGCUAUUCAAUCAUCAGGUGUAGAUUAUUUGCAUUUAUUAUGUUGUUCUAUGCAUUACUUGAUAGAAAAAUAUUCGUUGAACGCCAGAUUAUGUAUUACCAUUCAUGAUGAGAUACGGUAUUUGGCCACCGAGGAAGAUAAAUAUAAAGUAGCAAUGGCAUUACAGAUUAGUAAUCUAUGGACAAGAGCCAUAUUUUGUGAACAAAUGGGGAUUGAUGACUUACCUCAGAAUUGUGCUUUCUUUUCUGCUGUUGAUAUUGACAAAGUGUUGCGAAAGGAAGUAGACAUGGAUUGCAUAACACCAUCUAACCCAGUAGCAAUACCCCACGGUGAAUCACUAGACAUCCAGACUCUCUUAUCUAAACCUGAAGCUGCUCUCGGAAGUGGUAAAGAUGACGUUAAUGUCUCUGAUUAUCCUUACGUAGCUCGAGAACCAGUAUUCGAACAGUACAACAAGUCAUAUACCAAAGAAUUUAUCAAGUAUUUCAUUAGAAUGCAGGUACAAACAAAUAAAUCAGAAGUUUCAAGAUUGGAGAGGGAAUAUGUUAGAGAGUUAACGUCAAAUCAAUUCUCUAAAGAUGGUCAACAAGUCGAAUAUGAUUAUAAGGAUUAUGCCCGUGAUAUUAAACAAGGUAGAAAGAAGAAAAUAAAUAUUAUGGUCAAGUCAUUCAAUGCAAACAGAGCUGAAUUAGAUUAUCAGCAUUCCGAAUCAUUAAAGACUGACCAUGGUCCACCAUUAAAACAAAUGACCACACGAUCAACUCAAGAUACCUUUAAGAAAGACAAUAACAACAACAUCCUUCUAAUAAAGAAACCACAAACUUUGGAUUAUUCUACACUGCAUGAACUUUCCCAUAUGAGCAGUGAUCCUGUACCCGAAAAAGAUCUGAUAGCAAAAACGACGCCAGCUUCUUCCAGAUCUUCCAAGGGUGAGCCAAAGAAACGAUUCAAGUCUUACAUCGAGGGAAAGGGAUAUGAUGCAUUUUAUCAAUCAGUACGUCAAAAUUCAAGAUAUCGUUCCUACUAA